ACCGUAGACCGUAGGUAGUGCGCAGUGGUAAAGGCCUCUGUGCACGCGGGCCGUAGUGAACACACACAACAGGUGUCCCGUGAUCGGCUCUCCCGCGGUACCGGUUCGGUUCUCCAUUUUGCUUCCCCCGGGUGUUUACUCCCCGUCGCCUUUCACUCCGGGACGAGUGAGCAGAGAGGUACGACUGAGCGUGGACGCGUAGCGCGUGUGGUGAACCCGAGCGUGUGGAUCGGCGUAACAUGAUGUCGGAGACCGUGGUGACGAUGGACGGUUCCAGCAACAACGCCAGCAACAAUCCGCGGCAGGUACCGACGGUGAAGACGGAGCCAGGCCAGCCGGGCCUGUUCGCCGGCGUUCGGCUGAACGUGCCUUACUUCAAGACCAUACCCGGUAUCCUCAAGCUGGUGCAGCUGGUUCUGGGCAUAAUAUGCAUGGCGUGCGCAUCUCCAGCGUACAUAGGUGCAACGCACUGGUUUCUGUUCGUUGUGGUAAUAUGCUUCAUAUCCACGAUCAUAUGGUGCGCUAUAUAUCUAUAUUCUCUCCGAGAGGCACUUAAGUUGCCCAUCAACUGGAUUCUAACUGAACUUCUAAAUACGUCUGUCGAAGCCGUACUCUACAUGAUCGCAUUCAUCGCACAAUUGUCGGCUUGGAGCGCAUACAGAAAUGCAUCAUCGAAUAUCGCUGCUGGGGUAUUUGGAAUCUUCAAUACCAUCGCAUACGCUGCCGGAGCUUAUUUCCUAUACGUCGAAUGGAAGAGCACUAACACGCAAUGAACACUGUCUACAGUCUACAGAGGACAAGCCAGGUACCUGAAGAGCAUGCAGCAACAACAACAAUUGCCGCGAUCAGACCCGCAACUUCUCAGCGUCCGUCCAAGGAAAUUUUGGCAUGGUUCCAAGAUUAUGCUCGGCAAGAGAGUCAGCACUGGGAGGGACGGCUUGAAACUAGUCCGGCGUGAUCCUCCUCAGAUCGUGUGUAGCUUAAAAAAAAAGACUCUGUACCUACGUGCCUUAAGAUUAGUUACUUGUCGUGAUCAUCGUCGUUAGAACGGAACUCGGUAUCGCGUCGGAAAGGGUCAACGAAGUCGCAAAAGCGAACAGAGUAUUACAUUCGAGAUACCUGCCUGAAGACAAUAAUGUUCACGAAAUCGUGCAAUUUUACCUGAGAAAUUAUAACACAGAAGUAAUCCAAAAAAUAAUCUCGACGUCUAUUUUAAAAUUAUUUUAAAUGUAGAAAAAAUUUUCUGUCAUGUAAGUUCCAGUAAUCUCGAUAUGGGUUAUUUGAAUAUUACAUUUGAAUAUUAAUCUGCUUGUUAUAAUAAAGGAAUUAAUAUCUUUAAAUAUUAUUAGAAAUAAGUAUCUUUAGAUAAAGAUAAUCUAGGAGAUAAAUUAUCUUUCGUGGCUGAAAAUAUUUAUCUUUUAGUUUUUUACAUUAUUUCUUUGUGUUUAUUAAUUUAUCUAAGAUUUUUAAUUAAGAAAAUUUAUCAUUUUACCUAUACCGUUUUUAUUUAAUAUUACAUGCAGAUGAUGAGGUAAUCUAUUACACAUGAAACUGGCGUCAUUUUGUUUGUAUUACUUCGAUCGUAUAAUCCUUUGGCAAACGACAAGAUAAAUAGUUUUAAGAGACCUUCGUAUAUCAGUGUGCGGUAAGUUUCCGAAGGGCUACCAUUAGCUUUUAAUCGGCACAAUUCAAUGCACGCAAAGACUCGGUGUUUUAUAAUCUAAGGCUACCUUAGCGAAGUUUGUAUUGAGUGAUCUUCGUCAGUAAUUAUGAGAAAUGUCAAUUCACUUCUUACUGUCCUGACGGAUUAACUUGUCGCGCAAUAGAUAUAAGUGCGUGAAACGUUAUUUUCUAACCGUACUUUUGCGCACUCUCGCGAGAUCUUAUUUAUAUACACACAUAUAUAUAUAUUUCUAUACAUUAUAUAUAUAUAUAUAUAUAUAUAUAUAUAUAUAUAUAUAUAUAGCUAUGACAUAGGUAUAUAUAUUAUAUAUACAUAUAUCUUUUCUAGAUCGGAUACAGUGUAAUUUCUUUUUACAUUCUCUUUCAUUUUCAUGUAAACCAUAUACAGAUAUCACUCUACUUACGACGGAGUUACGCUCUAAGACUUUGGUAGUAAAUCAAAUUGAUCGUAAGUUUAGUAGCAAUAUAAUGUUAAGUGCGUCAAACUGCAAUUAAUGCUAUAUAUCGUUUAAAUUGAUUUAUUAUUGGUAUUAUUUUAUAUAGAUAAAACACAUAUUAUUUGUAAUUAUUAUAUUUUUAAAAUGAUUAUAGUUUUCUAUAUUUAAAAAAUAAAAAAUAAAAUUAUUAUUCUUGAAGAAUAUAAUUUUUAAUAUAAUAUUUGCUAUUAUUAAAUUAAUAUUUAAUACAGAUUUAACUUCAACAAGUGAAAAACACAAUACUAUUUCUUCUUAAAGAGAUAACUUUUAAUAUAAUAGUUGGUAUUAUAAAACUAAUAUUUAAUUAGCUCGCAUGUUAAUCAGUUUCGUUAUAAUCUACUAGUUCAUUUUUAGUUAAUAUCAUGUCGAUCGUAAGUCUGAAAUUUCGUAAGUUGAAGUGGUCGUAAGUAGAGGGAUACUGGAUUAAUUAAGGGAGCUUUUUGUCUCGAUGGAAUCGGUUAUGGAUAUAGCUUACGUUUUUUUUGUUAUGUUUUAUAUCUACAGAAGUUUAUGUUCUCAAAAAUUUUUGCCUUUGCAUGUCCCUCGAUAGCGUUUUUGGAUCAUUAUUGCCGCGUGAUAGUGCCGAUGCGAUUAGCUGAAGCUAAAAGUGGACGUUACGUUGGCAAUUAAGAUUAUGCCACUCUUCUUGUUAUCAUCUAUUGAGAGGAUGCAUUCACUUACUUGUCUCUCCCACUCAUUCGUUAUUUCUCAGCCGCGUCGACAAUUACGCAUUUAUCUUCUGAAAAGUCGUUCGUUCUCAACAUUGUUAUAUGUUCAUUUAUAUGUAGCACUAUUUGCCGCGCAACCGUAAUUGAUUUACGCGCACGGUGAUAUAUACAUAAUAUAUAUACAUAUAUCUACGUUCUCAAACAUUUUUUUUUAAUUUUUGAAGUUUAUUUAUUUUUAAGCUAUGGAUGCUAUACAUAAAUAAAGAAAAAUUAAAGGUCGUUGA